AGUCUGGGCUUUUGACGCGCUGAGGAUGUGGGCAGGAAACGCCAUGCAAGAGGGGAAAAGCGAUCACGCUUCCCACAGCACCGUUGCACAAUACAGCGCGAUCAAAAUGUGCGUUAAUUUACGACGCUAAAUGUCCAGGUGCGGCCUUUUCUCCUCGGAUCUGCAACGCUCCGUCAUCAGAGGAGGAUUCGCCGGCGUAGGAUCCGAGUCCUAUCCCAGCCAGAGCGCACCCUUCCCGGCCAGCUCGGGUUGAAAACAUCGGGGGCUGGUCAGCGGGUGGGAGAGAGAGGAACCGGAGGCUUCGUCGCGGAAAAAAGGAGGUGUCUACCCUUUUUUUUUCCUCCUCAAAACAAACCAUGAGGGAGUACAAAGUGGUUGUUUUGGGAUCGGGUGGAGUGGGGAAAUCCGCGCUGACGGUUCAGUUCGUGACGGGGUCCUUCAUCGAGAAAUACGACCCCACGAUAGAGGACUUCUACAGGAAGGAGAUCGAGGUGGACUCGUCCCCGUCCGUGUUGGAGAUCCUGGACACGGCAGGGACCGAGCAGUUCGCCUCCAUGAGAGAUCUGUACAUCAAAAACGGGCAGGGUUUUAUUUUGGUUUACAGCCUGGUGAACCAGCAGAGCUUCCAGGACAUCAAGCCCAUGAGGGAUCAGAUCAUCCGGGUGAAGAGGUACGAGAGGGUGCCCAUGAUCCUGGUGGGAAACAAGGUGGACCUGGAGGGGGAGAGAGAGGUGUCUUCCGGGGAAGGCAAGGCUCUGGCCCAGGACUGGAACUGCCCGUUUAUGGAAACUUCAGCCAAAAAUAAAGGAUCAGUCGAUGAACUGUUUGCAGAAAUCGUCAGACAGAUGAACUAUUCGACUGUUCCCAGCGGUGGAGAUCAAUGCUGCUCAUGCAUCCUGCUCUAAAACGCACACAAACACAUCAUUGGUUCAAAACAACAACAACAACAACAAAAAAGACUUAUCCUGCAGGCUUUGUUUUUGCAAAAGUAUUCUCUCCUCCUCACACUGUUGUCUUAUUGUUGCACACAAAACAAAAAAAAAUCAACCAUGACAACAAUCGAUUAUGUAUAAUAGUCUGGAAAAGUGUUUACAUGACAAAGUACUUGAAUGUUUUCGGAUUUUUUAUAGCUUUGUAUAUGACACUUCUCUGGAAAUGUGCCUCAAUGGAAAUGUCUUAUUGUGAAACCUAAGAGACACGUGAUUUUUUGUUUUGUUUUGUUGUUUUUUUGCUCAUGGAAAGCUGUUAAGGGUUUAUUUGUUUGAGCUGUGAUGUUUGUUGCAUCUUCUGGGCUGGAUGUGUCUGUCUCAGAGAUGGGUGGAGGUGGUAAUGUCAAAUCCCCCCCCCUCCAUUUUUUAUUUUAUUUCAUUUUUAUUAGGGCCUUGGACUCUUUGGGCUCACAUCAGAGGCCUAAAAGUACUUAAAAGUCUUUCAUAAACUUAUCAGUCACCACUUAAGCCUUGCAUAGGUUGCUCAAAUCUAGUCCCGGUGAUUUAUUUCGUUAAAAGUUCAAGAGACGCAGACCCACCCACUCUGAUACUGUAUUAGAAGCUGUGGAUUGUGGUGGAGUUGUGUUGCUCCUACACACACACACACACAUACACAUACACACACACAUAUAUUUUCCCCUCUCUGGUGUGGUGAAAGUGGAUUUAUAAUGGAGCUUGCACUUAGCUGACGGUGUCCCUCCUCAGUGUGCACUAACAAACAAGGACCCUGGUGCAUUUCUGUCGCUGCAUGGGGAACGCCAUGACCCCAUGUCAAGUGCCUUCCUCAGAAAAUUCCUGUGACUGUGCCAACUGAUGAGCCCUACUUCCUCUGCAGUGCGUCUUGAUGGCAAUCAGAACUUUUUAGCAGUUUUUCGCGAUACGUUGUGGUUUCGUUUGGUGUCAAAGUGAAAGGAGCCUCUUCUUAUUUUACUGUAUAACAGACCUGCUGUUUCAGGGUCAGAGUCAGGCCGUUUCUCGAGGUACUAGUCCACCAAGAACAACUUAAACCCACUGGGAUUUUUGGUUCACUGAAUGGCAAGCCAUGUCUGUCUGUAUUAUCUAGAUUUAUUUCUCUCUCUCUCUCUUUUUUUUUUUUUUUUCUAAUAAUGUGACAUUUUGACCUACCGUAAUUGUAAUUUUCCCUUUGGGCAAAUCUUCUGCCAUCCAUCUGUCAGUUUAAAAGACUUGUAAUACAAAACACAUUUUAUGUAAAA